AUGGCCACUCAAUCACAAGUAGCAUUUGUUACUGACUUUGGUGGUUUGAAUGUUUAUCCAGCCAUUGACAAUCAAAUUAUAUAUCCAACAAACACACCUCAAAAACAAUCAACAACAUUUACGCAAAGCAACACCAGUAAUACACCAAUGAACAAUUCUCAAGUACCACCUUUUUCAAAUUCUCAACAAUCUACAAAGGCCACAACCGAGCAAAGUGUACAAACCCGCCCUGCGAUGGAACGCAAAAAGGAAGCAGCAACAGCUCAGCGAGAAGAGAAUGAAAAGAAAAAACAAGAGAAGACGCAGUUCAAAAAUGAUGCAUCCUUGAAACCAUCUUCCAAUUCAAAAUGGACACACGUAGCCAAAGCAGCACAAGAAACUACCGGUCUAAACGGCCCCCAAUUCCUUUCCGCGAUUGUAGGACAAAUCAAAGAUCACAUUCAACCCAAAUGCAACAAUCAACCUCCCAAACGAAAAAUUAGCGAAAUAUCUUGCGAUGAUGUCCAAAGUGUUGCAGUAUCCCAAUCAUCAUCAAGCACUGUAGAUAUUACUGAUGAUUUUGCGGAAAUUGAAGAGAUGUUUGAACAACAACCAUCGUCUCCUCCUCCGAUACCGAACUUGAACAACGAUGUGAUUGCAUAUGAGCUUGAGAGGUUGCGAAAAGAAAAUGCAGAGAUGAAACAGCAAAUUCAAGCACUGCGUGAAAGUUUAGAUUGUGUUUAUUCGUUUAUAAAUAAUGCGGGAAAAGGAUUUGCAGUUUUUGCUGAUAAAUUUAAAACGUUAAAACCCAAAUGCAACAAUCAAUAA